GCAGAAGGCACUUCCUUUUCCCUUUGCUCGGUCUCAAUUUCGCUUCCGGGUUGUUGAGCCAAUGGUGUCUUCUCACCACGCGUACGGCGAAGCGCAGUAAAAGCGUGCGAGGAGUGAACCGAGUUCUCUGGAAAAGAGAUUGAGAGAGAGAAAAUGGACUGAAAGAGUCUGGCUUGAGCGGAGUUGCUGGGAACUGAGGAAGAAAAAUAACCAUGUCAUCCCUAGAAGAAAAUUUCCCUCGAGGGGGAACACAUAAGAAAAGACAAGAAGAAAAUACACCCAGACCACAAACAGUAGACCAAGACAAUUUAUUCCAGCCACAGAAUGAAGAGGUAACUCAGAAAAGAAAGAAAAAACGUCAGGAUCGAACAGAACCCAAAAAACUGAAGUCUGAGGAGAGAGCUAUUGUAAAAAUUCAUGCAAAGGAUUUUGAACUUCUGACAGCUGAGUCUCUCACAGAAGGGAUGCUGCUUCUAGGAUGCGUGAAAGAAGCUCAUCAGUUGGAGCUGGUGAUCAGUUUGCCAAAUGGGCUCACUGGGUUUGUUCAAGUGACACAAAUAUGUGAUGCCUACAGCAAAAUUCUGAAUACUCAGGUGGCCACAGAUGAACACUUGGAGGAUCUGAGUUCUCUCUCAGACCUGUUCUUUCCAGGGAUGGUGGUCAGAUGUGCCGUUGUUAAUUUAGAGAAUACUAAAACAGGACGCCGAAGUAUCCAGCUCACAGUUAACCCCAAGGAUGUUAACAAGGCUUUGAAUUCUACAACUCUGAGGCCUGAAAUGCUGCUCUCUGGAUGUAUUGCAAGUGUGGAAGAUCACGGUUACCUUAUUGACAUAGGUAUUCCAGCAGCAAAAGCAUUUCUGCCGCGUCAGAAAGCCCAGGGGUAUUUGCAGUCAAACAACAAAGGAGCUGAACUGAAAAUAGGGCAAUAUCUGAACUGCCUUAUUGAAGAUGUCAAGAACAGUGGAAGGAUAAUCCGAAUGUCCAUCAGUCAGUCUGAGAUUGCUGCAGCCAUUGCCACAGAAGAACAAAAUUGGUCACUCAGCAACUUGUUACCUGGACUUGUGGUAAAAGCCAAGGUUCGGGAGGUGACACCUUCUGGAAUGUCUUUAAGUUUUCUGUCGUCCUUUACUGGAAUUGUGGAUUUUAUGCAUAAGAAUCAUCUAAAAGGAAAAAACUAUUCACCUGGUGACAUGGUAAAAGCCUGUAUUCUUUCCAAUAAUCCAACUACGAAGGCAAUACGUCUCUCUUUGCACCCAGCCUUCCUUCAGCCUGGUACCCAGCUUGGCCAGCUGUGUAGCGAUCGGAUUGGGAUGAUAGUGGAAAACUCCAAAGUGAAGACCUUCCUCUCCAAAACGGGUGCCAUCUUUGUGUUGGAUGAUGGCAGCCUAGGUUUUGCACGUCAAAGACAUCUUUCAGAUUCACGCUUAUCUUUCAAACCGGAGAUGUUUAAGCCUGGAAAUGAGCAUAAAUGUCGAAUUAUUGAGUACAGCAUGAUGGAUGAGAUGGCACUGUUGUCCCUCAAACAAACUAUUAUGGAUGCUCCAUUUCUGAAAUAUCAAGAUAUUUGUCCUGGACAAGUUCUGGAAGGAACCGUAUUGACUCUGAAGCCAUUUGGCAUGCAUGUAAAGGUGACUGAGUACAUCAAGGGACUAGUCCCUUGCUUGCAUUUGGCAGAUGUGCGUCUGAAACAACCAGAAAAGAAAUACAGCGAGGGGGCUUCUGUCAAGUGCAGGGUUCUUGUCUCCGACGCUGAAGCAAGGAAGAUUGUGCUGACAUUGAAAAAAACACUUGUCAAUUCCAAACUCCCUAUCCUGGCUAGUUAUGAAGAUGCUAAGCCAGGCCUGAUCACUCAUGGCUUUGUGGUUUGUGCAAGAGAGUUUGGCUGCAUCGUGAAAUUCUACAAUGACAUAAAAGGCCUGGUCCCUAAGAAUGAGCUUGGCUUGCCACCCUUGACUCCUCCUGAGGAGGUUUUCUAUGAAGGCCAGGUGGUCAAAGCGAUGGUCUUAAAAUGUGACCGUGAACAGGAGAAAGUGCUCCUCUCAUUUAAUCUGACAGACAAUCCUCUUGGUAAGACCAGUAAAGGUGAAAAGACUUCAAAGAAACAGGAAAUAAUAUAUGAAGAUGCACAGGUUGCUGAUGUGAAAAUUUUGAAAAAGAAAGAUGAUGGCUUAGAUAUUACAAUCUUGCCAAACAACAUUUCUGCCUAUCUUCCCAUGAUGCAUCUCUCUGACUACGUGUCCCAUAGCAAACUCUGGAAUUAUUGGCUCAAAGAAGAUGAUCUUCUGCGUAGUGUUGUGUGCCUGCAUAGCAAGGGACGUCAUCUUACACUAAGUAGAAAGCCAGCGCUGGUUUUGGCUGCACAGGAGGAACAUGCAGUGAAGAACUUCUCUGACCUUGAGCCUGGAUUGCUGCUGACUGGCUUUGUGAAAAACAUAAUGCCUUAUGGUGUUUUUGUGGAAUUUCCAUAUGGUUUGACAGGAAUGGCUCCCAAGUCGGCAAUGAGUGACAAGUUUGUGACAGACACCAAAGAUCAUUUUGUGAUAGGCCAGACUGUGAUUGCCAAAGUGACCAGCAUUGAUGAAGAGAAGCAGCGCAUCCUGCUGUCCCUGAAAUUGUCUGAUUGCUCCUCUGAGGAUUCUGUUUCACAGAGCUUCUCCUUGCUGCAGCAGUACUUUAAGGAGCUGCAGGAAAUCAAAAGCAUCAUGAAGAAAAGAGAUGAUUCAAAUGUGGCCCAGAGACUCUAUGAAAUAAAACCGGCACAGAAACUGCAGUUGGUUGUUCACAAAGUCGAAACAGAUGGUUCGGCAGUCUUCAAGGACACUUGUGUCGCUGGAUUAACUGUCAUAGCUGUUCAUAGCCAUCUUGGAGGCAAAAAUGUAGUGGUGGGUGAAAAAGCAGAAGCUGUGGUUCUGUACAUUGAUUAUCUGAAAGCAAAGAUCUACGUGUCUCUUCGAGAGGAGCUGCUGUCCUCCAAGCCCAAAAAGUUUACCUUAGACUCUCAAUAUGAGGCCAUUGUACAACAUGUGGCAACAGAGUAUGCAGUUGCUUCACUGAUAGGAACAGGACAACUGAUUGCUAUCCCUGUGGCUUCACACUUCAAUGACACAUUCCGGUUUGAUUCUGAAAAACUGAAGAUGGGGCAGUCUGUCAUGGUGGUUCUGAAAAUGGUAGAGAGAGAUGACUAUGGACUCUUGCUUGCUGUGCAAGCCUCGGGGAAGAGAAAGACUGUAAUCCGGUCAAGGCAUGAUUCAGAGGCACUAGAAGAAACCUGGCCCACAGUGAAGCACUCACUGUGCGUGGGUGACAUGGUCAAAGGAACUGUGAAGUCUGUCAAGCCCACCCAUGUCCUGGUGGCAAUUGAUGACCACCUGAUGGGCUCCAUUCAUGCUUCCCAGAUUGUGGAUGAUGUUUCCGAAGGUACCUUCCCAACAUCCAUGCUGAAGGUUGGGCAGAAAGUGACUGCCCGGGUCAUUGGAGGCAGAGAAAUUAGAACUCACAGAUAUUUGCCUAUCACUCAUCCCCACUUCACCCAUACAUGGCCAGAGCUCAGUGUCCGGCCAAGUGAGCUAAAAGGAGAAAGCAAAACAGUCCUGGGCCCUGAAGAUGACAAAUCAGAAGAUAUGUUGAAACACUUCAAGCCUGGGCAGACAGUGACUUGCUUUGUCAAGAAGUACAAUACUGAGAAGAAAUGGCUAGAGGUGGAAGUCACCCCUGACAUCAGAGGGAGAAUCCAUGAACUACUGCUUUCCCUGAAGCCUAAGAUCUUAAAGAAACCAGGGAAUUUCUUCAAGAAUGGGCAGGCUUUGAUUGCAACCGUGACGGGUUGUGAUACCACUGGGACCAAAGUAUAUCUGUCACUAUCAGGCGCUUACUCUCUAGAGAAAGGAACCAUCACACUAGGCUGCAUAAAGAGUGUGAUUCCACAUGUUGGCCUGCAAGUUACGCUUCCAUUUGGAAGGAUUGGCAAAGUUAGCCUUUUUCAUCUCAGUGACUCAUAUACUGAACAGCCACUAGAAGACUUCAGCGCUGGAAAGAUCGUCAGAUGUUAUGUCCUUUCAGAUGAAGAUAAAAAAAUUAAAGUGUCUCUCCGGCAAUCCAGGGUAAGUCCCAAGAGCCACAGUAAGGUAGAAGAUCCUGAAAUCGCAUCUCUUGAUAAUGUUACAGAAGGUCAGCUCAUCAGAGGCUAUGUCAAAUCCAUCGCAGCAAGAGGCAUUUUGUUUAGAUUGUCUGAUUCUGUUGUGGGUUGCAUCCCGUUGCAACGUAUCACUCCCGUCUUUGUGCCAGAUCAUUCCUUGUGUUCAAAAUACAUCCAUCGGGGUCAGCUCCUCACUGCCAAGGUCUUCAGUAUAAAUAAAGCAGAGAAUGUGGUGGAGUUCUCCCUCCUUCCUGAAGACACUGGGAACCCAUGUAUCAUCCCAGAACAUGGUUCUGGUGAAACAGACACACACUUAAUGAAGACAAGAAAGCGAAAAAGAAGAACUUCAGAAAACGAACAGCAAGUAAAGCCAAAGAGAAGAGCGCAUCGUACUGAAGAUGAUGAUAGUGGUGUUGAAAUCUACUGUCGGGAAGAGGAAGAGGAAGAAAAGUGUGGGAGGAAAUCGAAGCAGAGAAAAGAAAUUUCUAGGCUGAAGGUUUCGACAAGCUUUACAUGGGAGGAGGGCUUGAAUGUGCUGAAUGCUGCCAUGUUGAAACCAAAGGAAGAAAGCUCCGAUAGUGAGGAAGAGGAUGAUACAGAGACCACGACCAAGAAACAAACAAAGAAGAAAAAAGAGUUGGAAAAGCAGAAGGCAGAGAAGGAACUUGCCAAACUUGAAGCUGCCUUGAUGGACCCCAACCGGCAGCCUCAGACAGCAGAUGAUUUUGACCGCUUGGUCCUUAGCAAUCCUGACAGCUCCAUCCUCUGGUUGCAGUAUAUGGCUUUUCAUCUGCAGGCCACAGAGAUAGAGAAGGCCAGAGCUGUGGCAGAAAGGGCACUCAAAACCAUCUCCUUUAGAGAAGAACAAGAGAAGCUCAAUGUAUGGGUUGCCCUGCUGAACUUGGAGAACAUGUAUGGCACAGAGGAGGCACUGAUGAAAGUCUUUGAAAGAGCUGUUCAGUACAAUGAACCUUUGAAAGUCUUCCAACAGUUGGCAGAUAUCUACACUGGCUCUGAGAAAUAUAAGGAAGCUGAUGAUUUGUAUAAUACAAUGCUGAAGCGCUUUCGACAGGAGAAAUCUGUAUGGGUGAAAUACUCCACUUUCCUUCUGAAAAGAGGCUUGCUGGAAGCAGCUCACAGACUCCUCCCUCGCGCACUGAAAUGUCUGCCAGAAAAAGAACAUGUGGACGUGAUUUCAAAGCUGGCACAACUGGAGUUCCAAUUUGGUGAUUCUGAACAUGGGAAGGCCAUUUUUGAGAACACCCUGAGCACAUACCCGAAACGCACGGACAUCUGGUCAGUGUACAUAGACAUGAUGAUAAAACAUGGCAGUCAGAAGGAAGUACGGGACAUUUUUGAGCGAGUGAUACACCUGAGCCUUGCAGCAAAGAAGAUGAAGUUCUUCUUUAAGCGUUAUUUGGAGUAUGAGAAGAAGUAUGGCACAGCAGAAACUGUCCAGGUUGUGAAGGCAGCGGCGUUGGAAUAUGUGGAAUCUAAGGGCGGUCUUGCUGAGCACUGACGUCUAGAGCAAACUUAAUUGCUUUCCUUGUAUAUUGAGAUGAAGGACCGAUCCCAAUUGUACAAAUGAAAGUUUUCCUUAUAGAACUACAUUAUGGUCUCAGGAAUUGAAUAAGUUACCUGUGACCAAUCCAUGGCCUUUCAAGAACUGUAUAUCUUUUGUACCUUCCUCAGACUUUUACAUCAGAGAAUGGAGAUUUAUUUAAGUGCUGGUAUUUUUUAAAAAAACAAAAAUUAGAAAGUGGGAGAAAGCCCAUUUGUGCUUUCAUGUUGGAUGAUUCUUCUUAUUAAAUACAUUGAAACUAUGUGAGCGUUUUUCUAAUCAAAGUAUCAUGGAAUAUAUCUGGUCUCUUUCUUCCAUUUUAGGCUGUAUGUUCUGGAAUAAUACAUUAAUGAUGUGGCUUGUUCUGCUUACUUCAUUAAUUCCCUCAUGCAUACACAUUCCAACAUAAAUCUGAAUUAGAUACACUUUUCAAGUAGGCCAAUAUGUAUGAGUUAGGCUUACUCAUUGAUAACUCAUGUUUUAUACAUACAGGCCUACAACUUAUAUUUUUCUUGCCUUUUCCAUAAAUAAUAUACAUCUUUAUGACUCGAACACUGUGUUUACAUUUAGAAACUAUUAUCCAGUUUGUAUAACAGGUGGGAACAAUUUUUCAAUUCCAUACUUCUUUUAUAGACACAGUUUAAAACAGUUGUAGCUUAAAAUAGUUUCGGUAUACUUGUAUUUUUUUUUAUUUUGAUGAUAGAAGCUAGGCAGCAAACCAGCCUUCAUUAGCCUAGUUCUCUUUAGAUAAAGAUUUUGGUUGCUUUCAUGCUCAUGGUUUUUUGGAAGUUGAGAAGAACUGGAUUGGAAAAGGAUGUUCCAAAUGUUUAAAUAUCUUUACAAAAACUUGGCUCCUUUUUUUUUUUU